AUGAGUCGAUCACAUUUGCAAACACUCCUCCAGGAUCAACGUGAAUCGCUAUUGCAACAUAGGACCUUGAAACUUAGUAGCUUGUCCUUUCCCGUACUGAUUCAGGAGAUAAUCGACACCAUAUAUCUACACUUGACCGCGUAUGAUCCCCCAUUGAAACUUGAGAAAUUAUCGCUUCAAAAUAACGGCAUUACCGACCUCCCGACAAGUAUAUACAAGAUCUCAAAACACCUCAAGUUUCUUGAUUUGCAUCACAAUCUGCUAUCCCAUAUUUCAAAUGAAGUUUUUGGCAAUUAUUUUCCGAGUCUAGAAGUGUUGGAUCUUUCCUCAAACAAGCUUACGCAGAUCCCCAACUCGAUAAGAUCGUUGCAGAAUCUCAAGGCGCUAUCGGUCAAGGACAACCAGAUCAGGUACGUUCUUCCCAGCUUGUGCGAACUAAACAACUUGAACCUUAUUGAACUUUCCGGAAAUCCGUUGGUUAUACCGUCGGGGGAAAAGAUUAGGGCCUUGCAACAGCAAACCUCUCAUCUAGAGUGGGUGAGUGAAUUGAAAAAUUAUCUCAAAUCAAAUGCCAGCCUCAUAAACAAAAAGUUGGAGGAAUCAUCAACAAUGAGCAUGAAUAUUCAUGGGGACCUUCAUCACACUUAUCACCAUGAAAACAACAACAACAACAACAACAACGCCGCUGCUGCUGCUGCUGCUGUUGCUGUUGCUGCUGCUACUGCUACUGCUACUGCUACUGCUACCGCUAGUACUGUUCUUCCGUCAACACUGCCGAGAAUGACAAGGUCCCAAAGUGUCAAUGAAACUUCUAAAACCAAAUCAACAAAAGCUUCCAAGAGGAUGGGAUUGAUUAUGAAAAAGAUGGAAGAAACUUCCAACGCUGACGAUACGGAGAAUAACACAGACAGAAACAUUCGUACGGUACCGGGAGCCACUGUGCCUCAAACGGUGGAUUCGGAACGUGUAUCGCAUACCGCGCCCGCAUCGGAUGCCUCUGCUGGCACCAAUUCCCCACUCCCCACGCAUGUGACAACAACUAAUAAUACUGCUAGUUCUACUCCCACGCCUAACUCUACAGGCCACCAUACUCCACAGAACCCCAUCUUUACUCCUGUGGCAAAGGGUUCACUUGGAAGCAGUCUCAACACUCCUGUCCCAGCUCCGGCUCACGCCCUGGCCCAUGCUCUGGCCCAUGCUCUGACCCAUGCACUGGCUAGAUCUAGAUCAAAUACGUUCAAGGAAAUUGACCACAUUUUGGAAAAGAGCGAAAUUGCCGACGCUGAAUACAAGUCAAAUGCAUAUUUCCGAAGGUUGUCGACUUUGCAGGAGCAGCCCUCCGAUGAAGGUGCUGGCAAGAGCGAUGCUAGUCUUGCAGGGUCUCAAAAGCCUCGUCAGACACUAGACCCCAACUCACGCGUUGCAAUUGGCCAGCCGCAAGCACCACAGCGAGCAGGCGGGGUCCCUGUGACCAUGGAAGGAUCUCCCAAGCGGGCCCCCCAGAUGCAAAAUAUCAAAAAGCACAUAAAUCCAACCAUCAUCCGGGUAUCGCGAAAGAUCUUGUUUGCAUUCUGCGAGUUGCAAACAUCUGUGCGGCGGUUCACUGGGUUUUGCAGCGACAAGAAAGUUGCCAUGAGAAUGGUGUCUCUACUUUACGGGGCAAAGUCAAACAUCGAUGCUCUUGUCGAAGACUUGGAAUUGGUUGAGGACGACGAUGGGGGUUCGGAGCUGGUUACCAAUUCGGUGAGGGCCUGCAUUGGGUCGUUCAAGGCCAUCAUGUCCUUGUUGCAGGAGAGCAUCACCAAGUUUGUUGGCAAGAUUGACGUGUGCUUUAUUCGGAUGUUGUAUCUAUCAGUCUAUGGCUCGUUCAACGAGUUGCACAAUGCAUAUACAAUACUCACCACCAAACCAGCGUCGCAAAAGAGCUUGAACUUGGGUUUGAUUGGAGAGCCGAAGCAGAAUAAGUUGGGUCCCAUUAGCUACAAUGUCGGGGCCUCGCUUGACGACGUGGACGAAAAGUUGUAUUCUGCGAUAGAGUCGGCAACCGCCAACGCACAAACCAUCUUUACCGAGUUGAACAAGGAUGUAAACCGGGGAGCAAUGGAAAACCCCACUGCCGUGCUGCCAGCGAUGGCGGCGAAAAUCAAGGAACUUGCCAACGUUUGUGCCUCAUCACUAGAAAUUGUUAAGCGUCUCACCACCAAACUAAUCACCAUCCGGAACAAUGCGCUGCUUAUAACCAAAAAGACCUUUGCUGAGGACGUGAACCAUUUCCUCAAGUCCAUCGUGCAAAUCUUGGCCACUGUCAAGGACAUCGUGGUCGACUUGCCCAUCUUGGAAGACGUGCGCGCUUCAAUGUCCAACUUGACCAACUCCGCCAAGGACGUCACCUACAUGUUGGAUGUAUCGUCGUACAGGGCGUUAUUGACAGAGAAUUCUGGUCCUUUAACGCAGCAGCAGCAGCAGCAACAGCAGCAGCCACUGACGCAGUCCACUCCCGGUGGCAUUCCUCCCUUUGGCCCAACUGCCGCGCCAACGUUGCCUUCAACGGCGACUUUUUCCAGCGGGCCAGCACCAGUACGGAACCCCAAUAAAUUGCAACCAACUUUGUCGGUGUUGACUUCUCAUGAACUAGGGGUAUAUAACGCUGGACCCAUGACUGCGCCCGCACAAUCGAUGGGACAACACUUUGCAAAGCAUGGUAUGAAUCCUUUUGACAAGUUGAUUCAAACCAAGAAUGACAAUGAUUUAUGA